CGCCGAAGGUGGUGCUGAUGAUGCUUUAGGUAGCGUCCGUGUUCAGCGAAGUAAAGGUCGGACUGCAGUCGCGUCUCAUUCUUGAAACCUACAUUUCAACGAUAUACUUGGAGUUUCAAGCUGAAGAUACUCACACUACCAUGCGCGUGGAAGAGAGAUCGUGCAUAGGCCAUCAAGAAACAAGAAGCGUUCGAGAUUCGGGCCUCCAUUCGCAAGCUGAACCAUGUCAUUCCUGGUGCAGCCUCUUCUGAGGAACUUCCUCAACGCGCAGGGUAUGGGUGGAGACAGGCCGAAUGCAACUUCAAGCGGAGGUAGCGCAGCAGCUCAGGAUGGUGUGCCGGUUCCAAAUACCGCCUUCAAAGCGCUGUACAUCCCUCCAACAUUGAGCGCACCCAGGACAGAUGCGGAAGCCCAAGCGCUGUACAAUCAUUUGCGCACUGCCAGCUUCUUCUUGGAUGCCAUGCCUCUACUCACCGACUCUCUUCAUCUGCCCUUCGGCAUCGGACUGGACUCUGUCAUUGGAUUCGUACCCGGCGUGGGGGAUUGGAUAGGUCUAGUGCUCAGCUUGUACUGCGUCUGGCUAGCCAGUCUCUUCAAGCUGCCACAGAAUGUCAUCACCUGGAUGCUCAUCUUCGUCUUUGUGGAUGCAUUUGUCGGCAUGAUCCCCUUUGUGGGUGAUGCGCUCGAUGUAGCGUUCAAAGCGAAUCUGCACAACUUGUCAGCCUUUGAGGCCCACCUGCUCAGGACGGGCGGGCGGACUGAAGCUGGAACGUUCUCGAUAGCCUUUCCUCCUUUCAAGCCUUUUCUGCCCACCUUGCCCGAACCCAUCGGUGUGGGUGUGAGAACAUCAGAGGAGCCCACCAGGUCUCUGGGGAGUGCAGCCUGGAGACGUACCGCCCCUCCUUCCACCGCCGGUGCCGGCACGAACGCUCGUCAAGGCGGUCGAUUCAGUCGCAUGCCUUGGGGCAGCCGCGCCACAUAGGACACAAUCGAUUCGCGUGGUAACCGCAAAGCAUCGCAUUUGAUCAAUAGGUACAAAGACAACAUGGCAAAAAGAUGUAGGAUCAGCGACACGAGGCAAAAGUGUCCAUAAGAGUAGGUCAAGAUACGUUAUUAGGGUCGUAGGACGUGCACGAAGCAGAGGCGGCGCGAGCUAGAAGAUCGCAAGAUGGCGCCUCGCUGGACCUUCUCCUCAAUCAUUCUAAGAGAGCGGCAUGCGCGCGUUUUGACAGCCUGUGCAAAAGAAACACGCACCUCGUCAGAGUGGUGCGAUUGAUCGCCGUUCUGCUCGAUAAAUGCUCACCGUUCGGAGAGAACAUGCACAUCGUGUACAGCAAUGCGAAUGAUGACGUUGGCG